AUGAAAUCGUAAACAUAUGGCCAGUUAACGCUUGCUUACACAGGAUAUGUUACAUAUCAGCGGAAAUAGAUAUAUAAGUAACCAAUUCUGUACCAGCAUUUAUGAAUAUCAUUAUCGAACUUGGAAUUUAGAGUUGGUAGGUUUUUUCUUCCUCUCCCUCUUUCUGUGCAUCAAGAUGUUUCAGAUCUGGAGACUUUCCAUGUUGUCGUCGGCGUUUCUUUAUAUUUCAUCUACUAUCUUGCUGUUGCUAUCGUCAUGUUUCCACGAUGUCGGGGCAGUAUACCAGCCGGCGUUCGAGAUCAAGCCGUGGGCAGACUUUAUGGCUACGAUCCUUUUAAUGCCUGGAGGCCAGGAGUGUUUUUACCAAGAUGCAAAACUUGGAAAUAAUCUCAAUUUUGAAUAUCAGCUUACAAGCAAAGACUCCAAACCAAGCCUUAAUGCUUUGGUCAAGGGACCAAGAGGAAUAGUAUUAUAUGAUAACAGGGCUUCCAAUAUGGGAAUAUUCCACCAUACUGUGGAAUAUAAAGGUGCCUACCAGUUUUGCAUUGAAAACAACUACAAGAAAUACUACGUGAAAUAUGUCAAGUUUUACCUCUCGAUUACAGACAACGAAAGGUUAGACAAUUACUACAAACUAGAAGAUGAUCUGCAAGAAACCUACGGAAAUCUAUCGCAAACCUUACAGAAGUUGACGAUGUCGGUCCGGGUAAUGCGACGGUACCAGCAGUGGAGCGGUAUACGUGAAACACGGGACAGGGAACUAUUAGAAGCCAACCAAAAUUACGUAUCAACAUGGUCCAGUCUCCAGUGUCUGGUGGUCGUGGGCGCCGCCAUGAUUCAGGUCUAUUUUCUCAGGAGUUUCUUCCAUACAGCCAAAUUGACGCCCACGCAGAAACCAAGGUGCUAGAGCUAGAAUUUUCUUUAGUAGAUUCGAAAAUCCUAGGGCUGUGUUUCAUGAAAUGACUUUGUUAAAACUACAAGUGACGAUAUGAGUGGGAGUAGAAUAUUUAAGCCCCGGGCAGGGGACAACCGCCCCUAUAUAUUUUUGAAGUAAUGAUUUAAAAAGGGGGAAACAAGAA